CGCCAUUUUGCAGCAGUUAGCGAGCGAGCCGCCUGUUUCCAUGCACUAACAUUAAAACAGACUACGCAGCGAUUUUCCCACGCUGAAGACACAUUUUUUUCGUAAUCAAAACGAUGGCCGACUCUUCAGCGGAGACGGGUGUCCCGGAGGGCGCAGAGGUCCGCAAGUUGUCGGAGCUGAGAGUUAUCGACCUGAAGGCCGAGCUGAAGAAACGAAACCUGGACACCACGGGCAUCAAGAGCGUGCUGUCAGAGCGCCUGAAAAAGGCAAUCGAGGAGGAGGGUGGAAAUCCUGACGAGAUUGUUGUUGCCGGGGAAGCAACGCCAAAGAAAGCUACGCCUAAACGGGCUGCAAAAGAUACGAGGCAAGAUAACGAUGAACCAGAGGACAGUGCUGUUGAGGAGGAUUCUCGUGAUGGACAGGAGGAGCUUCAAGAUUACCAGGAAAACAUGCAGGAGAUGGACAUCCUUGACAUGAACGUCCUGGAUGAGGCCGAGAAUGACAAUGGAAUCCCGGCCGAGGAAGAAGAGGAUGAAAUGAAUGCCGAAGAAGGCAUUGAAGAGGAGGAGGAAGAAGAACAGGAGGAGGAGGAAGAGGAAGAGGCAUUUAUGGAUGAGGAGCAGGACAAUGGGGCAAUGGAGUCGGAGGAUGAGUCCAAAGUUGAGGAGGUGGACGAGUCUGAGAUGAUAGAUAAAGAUGAAGACACAACAUGCCCUUCACCCAACAAGGCUCAAGACAAGGAUCCGGAUGCAGACGACUCUAAAGAAGAAACAGAAAAUGACAAAGUAGCCGGGUCUUGUUUAUCUGAGCCGCUUAACGAAGAUCAGCACCAGGUCCAGGAGACGACCCCAGAAGAAGAGCAAGCUGCCACCGCCGGAGGGGAAGACAAUGUGUCCGACAUUGGUGCCAAACCCAACAAGGCCUCCUCUGGAAGCGCGGAGAGCGACAAAGAUGUUAUGGAGACUGACACAAAAGAGGUUGGGGACACCCAGAACGUCCCGGAAGAGACAGUUGACUCUGAAAGCAAAAACACUCAGGCUGUUAGCUUAAGCGAACAGGGCGCCACGGGCGAAACUGAUUCAGAAAUGGGGACUAAGAAGGUUGAGGACGAUGACAAGAAGACAGAAGAGAAAGCUGAUGCAGAUUCAUCCUCGGCAGUGAAAGAGUCCUCUUCUGUAGAGGGCGAUGAUCAGAAAAAGAGUUCUGAGGAAAAAGAUGGCAAGACCGAGGCAAAAGAUGAAAAAGCCUCUGCAGGUGGUGCUGCAGCCAGCAGUAGCAGGAAUCUGUGGGUCAGCGGUCUCUCCUCCACUACCAGAGCGACUGAUCUGAAGACCCUUUUCAGCAAAUAUGGAAAGGUUGUUGGCGCUAAGGUGGUGACUAAUGCCAAGAGUCCAGGGGCUCGAUGCUACGGCUUUGUCACCAUGUCCUCCACUGAGGAGGCUACCAAGUGUAUCAGCCACCUUCACAGGACAGAGCUGCAUGGCAGGAUGAUCUCUGUGGAGCGGGCCAAAAAUGAGCCUGCAGGGAAGAAGCCAGCAGACAAAAAUGACACUAAGAAGUCUGGCGACAGGAGACACUCCUCAGACUCCAAGUCCGACGGCAAAGAUGACAAGUCUGAAGGUGAAGGAAAAGAUGGCAAAGGCCGUAACGAGAGAACUGUGGUGAUGGACAAGUCCAAGGGAGAGCCUGUGAUUAGCGUCAAAACCAAGAGCAAGGAACGAAGCACCAAGAGCCGGGACCGCAAGUCACCCAGUAAGGAAAAGAAAGACAUCCUGUCCUUUGACCAAAUCAAGGAGCAGAGGGAGCGAGAGAGGCAGAGGCAGCGGGAGAGAGAGAUCAGGGAGGUGGAGAGACGCAGGUACACCGGUGACCGGGACCGCGAUCGUGAUCGCGAUGGCCGCUCAGAGCGUGAGCGUGAACGCAUCCGCCUGUUCCGAGAGAAGGAGGAGCAGAAGCGCUUGAUCCGAAAGAGGAACUGGCUGGAGUCACAAGAAAUCAGUCAGAACAAUUCCUGGCUUCAACCCCAGGUUGAGAAGCAACGCCUCGACGCAGACCGCAUGGAGCGUCAGUUCCUGGAGCGUGAGCGGCUGCGUGUGGAGUACGAACGGCGGCGUGAGCAGGAGAGGAUCAUGCGGGAGCGUGAGGAGCUGCGGCGGCAGCAGGAGCAGCUGCGCUUCGAACAGGAACGCCGGCCCAUAAAGAGACCUUACGACAUGGAGGGCAGGAAAGACGACUGGGCUGAUAAGCGCAUGGCCAUGGAUGACCGUUAUGGCCGCUCAGACUUUGGUCGCCAAGAUCGCUACCAAGACUUUGAUCACAGGGACCGUGGCCGUUACCAAGAUGACGUGAUGAUGGAUAGGAGGGACAACUCUCGUGGCAUGGACAGAGACAGUCAGCACUUCUCAGACAGGUCAGACAGGCAUGGCAGAGACGGCAGAGACUCCUGGGGUGGUGGCUAUGACAAGCGCAUGAACCCCAGGGAAGGAGGGCGAGACUGGGACUCUGGACGCAAGAUGGAUGGAGACAGAGCAUGGCAAAGUAGAGACGGUGCUAUCCCCGGCCAAAGCCACAUGGCACGUGGAGGAAUGGCAAGCCGUGGAGGCUACAUGAACACCGGUACAUCCCAGUCUCUCUCUGGAGCUCUGAACAGACAGAACCAGCUGAUGCAGGGCGGCGGCCUGCAGGGUGGGGCCUUUGGUCGACGCUACUGAUGACUUCCUGUCUGUUUGACUUGACUGUCUGGUUGAGAACAUACGCUGGGACUCUUUCAGGACGCUGUACCAGGGACGGGAGUUUGUUCCUUUUUCCCCCCCAGGAAUUCCUUCAUUUUUGGACACAAUUCCAGUCCCCUUUUAAUGGGAUCUGUUGUUUUCCUGUUUGUUCCUUUUAUGUUUUUUUCCCCCCCUACAUUUUGUGCUGUAGUGAUCUCAUCCCUGGUAUGUGUCGAUCAGCCAGUAGCUACCUUGCUUGUGCGACACGAUGAUCUGCCUAAAAGAAUGUUGUACAAGCUGGCCCUGUGGUGGACAGUCACGUCAGAGCUGUGUGUUCAUGUCAUUUGGAAAUAUUUUGUUGACACCCAGGAUGAUGGACCCAAUCACACGAAGCCCCCUCUGUGUCACCUCAGUUUUUGUCUGAAAACAGUUUCCCCUUCUCAAUAAAUGAGUCCCUGUUGUCAUUUCGCCUGUUCAGUGGGACAGUGAACUUUGUCUGCUGCUUGUAAUUUGCUCACAAAAGCUUUGAAGUCCUCAUCUUCUGUUUUUAGUCCUCUUUUUCACAUUUUCUUUUUUAAGACAGUGUUUUGAAUUGUCACUGCACAGUUAAAAGGUUUUUAAAAUGGAAGGUCACACCCCAGUCAUCCAUGCUUGUUAGCCAUGUUUUUGUUUUUUUAAUUUACUUACUUUGUGUGUGUGCGUGUGUGCCUGUUAAAUAUUGGUAAGAAACACCCCAGAGUGUCUGUUCAAAAACUAUUGACCAAUCUCUGUGGUAAAAUCUGAAAUUUAAUGUAUUGGGCUUUGGCCUAAAUUUUCUGUACCUUACAAAUGUGUUAUUGUAUUAGUUUAUUUGUGCAUAGAGGCUCUUUUUUUUCUUGUAUUGCCACUGUUUGGUUCAUUCGAUGGAUGCCAUGGGUCAUGGGUAAGGAUUACCAAGUGCUGAUGUCUAAUUGGGCUCACUUGUUAUAUUUGUUGAAUGAAAUUGCUGCCUUGAGUAAUAAAAUAUUUUUCAUCUCUG